UAAUGAUUUGCGCACUUAAAUAGUGUAUAUAUUGCAACCUAUUGGUUUAGACGCACAGUAGUUCGUAGUUUUUCACCUCAGCCUGUUACUUUAGGUCCGUUGUGUACUUACUAGAUUUGUAGCCGCUUCCUAUCUCUUCGAAAACUUAAUAUUGAAGCCAAGUAACAUUAUCAUACAAUGUCACUUUUACUAAUAAUAUUAACAGAAUACCAGUGUUGGCCGUAAUUAUCAGUCAACAUAAAAACACAGUCAAGUUAAACUUACAAUGGAAAACGGAACUCACUAAGUACUUAUUAGAUUAGAAAGAAAUAUUCAUAUUUUAAUAUGACAUUUAUGGUGGGGCUGCUACACUGUGUGGCUGCCAAGUCGAUGCCUACUUGUAUCUGACUGUGGCUUUAAAUCUAUUAAGCACUUCUGCUUAAGACGAAAUUGGAGGAUCCAAGCAAAAUUUUCAUACAAACGUAGUACUCAUAUUCCUAUCUGGAUAUUAAUAUUAUUGAAAAUAUUUUGACACAAUUUGUUGUAUAAUAGCCGCAGCUAUGCCCGAUUUUUUAUUAUCUUCGAAUCAUUAUUUUUUAUAAAAGUUAGGAGCAUUUAAUAAUUUGUAUGAAAUCUGUUCUCCGCUCAUAAUUUUUACAAUAAUCAAAAAAUCUAAAAAAGUCAAACGUAGGAGCAUAACUGCGGAUAAUAUACAUCGAAUUAUGUAAAAUAUAUUCCAUAAUGUCAAUAUCCAGAGAAGAAACUGGGAAGCGGCCGUCUCCUUUCCUCUUAAACUUUCUGUAUCAGCCUCAAUUAGGAUUGAUACAGAAAUACUAAAAAAUAUUGCGUAUUUAGUGAGUUUUGAUAGUUAACGGAACACUAGUGCCAUUACUAACCAUUUCUACUAAACAACAAUUUAAUGCAUGAGCAUGCUGUGCAUUUUGAUGGCAAAUUCAUUUUCUAAUUAAAUUAGGCUUUUAUAAUUGACCAUUAAAAUAACUCGACACCAUCAAAAAUAUCUACUCAGUUACAAAUCCUUAUUAGGUAUUCAGUGCGCAAUCUCACUACAGUUCGGCCAACACUACAGUAAAGUACGGUUGAGCUCACAAACAUCUUUACAAACCAACGUUCCAGAUAUAUAUGUAUUUAUCUACACAACCUUUGAUUCGUUCAUCUUGUAAUGUACGGGGAAGACGAACAAAUUAUAACCAGCUUGAAACAAAUGUGGUAUGAUACCUUUGGGUAUGGUGUCCCUGACGCAAACCCCCCUUUUUAGCAUGAAAUACGUUCCGGUUGACAGUUUUUUUUGAUUUUUUGGGUAUAAAGCACCUAAACAGUUUAGGAACAGUGUCAAUAAAAUAAAUAAUCUUUAUUAAUUUUGGAGGGGAGGGGACGCUAGUGUUCGUAAAACACCAUACCUAAAGGUAUCAUAAUGCAUUAGUUACAAUUUGGAUAUAAUAUAUGUCAUUUGUUUUUCAAAAAACAUAAUUUGAACGAAUCAUUUACUGUUAGUGUUUUAGAGGCGUGUAAGUAUGUUUGGAUCGUUGGCUUGUAAAGAUAUUUGUGACCUCGAUUGUACUAAGUAUCCAGCUACUUAAGUGGUCUUCAGUGCACAACGAGCCUUACUCGGCAAAGUGUGUAAGGUGUUUGUGUUGCAUGGUGUGAAAUCGACUACGACACCACGGGACAAGGUACAACUCUGUAUUUUCAUUUGUUCUUGCUUAUAUUUACAAUAAAAUUUAAGAUUGUCUGACGAAUAUGUUAUUUGCUUCUGACAUAUAUUUUUUUCAAUUCUAAAUGCGAAAAUAUUUACCUUAAUUUGAAUGUCAACUUUACCUUAAGGUAAUAAAUCCUCUGGACGCAAUCUGCAACGUACCACGUAACGACGCAGUGUGUGUGAGCAACCUCAAAUCGGCCAAGCCGAUGGAUAAGCACAUUCUGCAAGACCGGCCCGAUGUAAAGAUCUUCCUGCCCUUCCGAUUCUUGACCUACAAACCAGCGGGACUAUUCCAGGAGAACACUUACAAGAAUUACUUAGUGGCGCUCGAUGGAGACCACGUGCUAAGCCUGGUCGAUGAGAUAUCGUACCGCGCAGCGCCAUCGCCGCCGCUCUCGCAGUUGCAUGAUAUCCCACCAGAACUAUUUUGCAACGGCGACAACCGUCCCCCUAACUGCGCCGAAGACUGCCGCUGCACGCAUAUGAUCGACGUGCCCUUAAACGCUAUAGUUGAAAUCGUACUGGUUGACGAAGUUCAAAGCCAAAACCUUUCUCACCCGUUCCACAUUCACGGUAACACCUUCCGCAUCAUCGGUAUGGGCCGGUCCCCGGACAAGAACAUUAAGAAGAUAAACCUGAAACACGCCCUAGACCUAGAUCGGCAGGGUUUGCUGGAUCGGCAGCUUGAAGACCCACCUUCUAAAGAUACUAUUGCCGUGCCCAACAAUGGAUAUGUGGUGCUGCGGCUGAAAGCUGAUAACCCGGGAUACUGGUUGUUCCACUGCCACUUUCUCUACCACAUAGUAAUCGGCAUGGCUACAAUAAUCCACGUAGGAACGCAAGACGACCUACCUCCCGUGCCCCCCAACUUCCCAACCUGCGGCGACCACGUAACCGCCAUCACUCCCCCGAUCUUCCACUUAUACUGACAGUGAUAAUCAUUGUUGGACAUUAUAGCAUUCGAUCUCACUAAAUGUGAAGAGAUUCUCCAGGAAUCUUGUUUUCAACGAUAUGAAAUUGAAUGAAUACUGCCAUAUCUUAUUCGUGUACUUAGACAAAUAUGAAAGACGUGAUGCAUAUUUUUGUUUGGUUCAUUGAAGCAUAGAUGACAUUUGAUUUGGUAUAUCGUGCCAAGGGAACUACUUAUAUUUUAGGAACAUCUUUUUUUAUAUUUAUGGCGAUUGAUGUGCCAGGCAUAUCAAAGAAAAUCCUCAACUAUAUAUUUUAUAACAAUGUUGGCGCUUCUAGCCUGCGUCAUAAAGUUACUGUACAGGCUUCCCAAGAGAUUAAAAAAUAGGAGGUGACAGCAUAACGAUUAAAAACUUCGAAGUUAAGUAAUAUUUUAUCGGUUAUAAGAUGUGUAUGGAUUAUACAUUUUGUUAAAGAUUGUUAGCGUCAUAUGACCGGUCAAUAUUACACAAUAUAUUUACAUCUAUAGAUUAGGUACAGAUAAUAAUAUUUAAGUAAUUUCUAUACAGCGGCAUAAAGAACCAUUCGA